GUCGAGCGGGUCUUCUCAUGUCCUCUCAUGUCUUAUCAGGGUGCAGAGUUGAGUGUCUGCUUAUCCCUUUCUCUGCUCCAUUACAAGCAUUUUCUCUUUCAGCGAGCUGGAAGACAACAUGACGAACACAAACAACUUGUAGCGAUGGAUGUUGGCUGCUGACAGCUUUGUGGCAUCUUUUUGAUGCCAUUCUGGGAAGGUGAAGUCAUAUAUCGGGGUGAGCUUGGCACAGUCUAAAAGCGUGAUGGAGAUAUACGACCCGUGCCACAGCAAACGCUACAUCGACUCCUGGGAAAGCCCUGUGAUCAGCGCCAUCAUGUUUGCCACCGGCAUCCUUGGCAACGUGGCCGCCCUGGUGAUCCUGGAGAUUCGGCGCCGGCGCGACAUGAAGACUGCAGGCAGUCGGGGACGCGCACUCUUCCAUGUCCUCAUCACGUCACUCGUGCUGACGGACUUGGGCGGGACAUGUCUGAUCAGUCCACUUGUCCAGCUGUCGUACUCCAACAACAUCACCUUGGAGGGAAUGUCGCCAGAUACUCACGGCGUCUGCUCCUACUUCGGAUUCAGCAUGACCUUCUUCAGCUUGGCCACCCUGUCACUGCUCUUCACCAUGGCUCUGGAAAGGUGCUUGGCUAUCGGCUACCCCUACCUUUAUACCCGGCACGUCACCAAGAAAUGUGCCUACGUCACCAUACCGGCCGUCUUUUUCCUCAGCUUUCUAUUCUGUCUCUUUCCUUUUGUGGGUUUUGGUACAUACGUACAAUAUUGUCCCGGCACGUGGUGCUUCAUUGACAUGAACCCAGAGAGGACCGAGGACAGGGUCUACGCCAACCUGUACGCCACCAUGAUGUUGGUUCUGGUGCUGGCGAUAGUGGCAUGCAACGCCUUUGUGGUGUACCAACUGCUGCGCAUGUACCAGCGCCGCAGGAUCAACCGAGGCUCCGUCAUGGCCAACGUGCGCCCAAACGGUGAGCGCAGGCCCAUGUCUUUGGCUGAAGAAGUGGAGCAUCUCAUCCUACUGGUCAUCAUGACCAUCAUCUUCAUCAUCUGCACAGUGCCCCUAGUGGUUCGUGUGUACAUCAACUCGGUUGGCGUCCGCAAAGAAUCCCACGACGUGGAUCUGAUUGCCCUCCGUUUCAUCUCGGUCAAUUCCAUCAUCGACCCGUGGGUUUUCAUCCUCCUCUCUCCCGGUGUGCUGCACUUCUGUUGGGCCUCCACCUGCAAAACUCCAUCAAGAUCUUUAAAGGCUUCUGGAUUCAAAUCCUCAAUAGACAAAGACAUUCGAACAAACGUUGAGCUAUCUUGUCCUGAACUGCAAUACACAGAGUCUUGUGUGCCUCGAGAAAAUGUAUGACUAUACAAGUCCUUUUUAUUCCCUUCUAUUUAUUUCCGAUGCUAAAAUGUUACAGUGUUGGAUAUCUUUGAUAACUAAGGCUCAGAGGUUCUGUCACUUGUGUUUAUUUGCUAUUGGGGGAGUUUAUUCUUAUCAGCUGGUGGCAGUCCCUUAUCAUGUUCCAGUCAUUUCCACUUGUAGUUCAGUAUUUUUCGACAUGCUUUGUCAAGUAUUUAUGUGUCAAGUAGUCAGCUCAAACAAUGAUAAACAAAGAACAAAAUGUUGGUUUAGGGUUAAUUAGUAUAACUAACUCAAACCUAAAGAGGUAGGGUUAGACCAACAUUUGACAAAGAAACUGUAUUUCCUGUGUUGCCAUACCUCUAAUGGUGCAAACCCCAGUUGAAAUACUUCAAACCAGACAUCUUUUGGCUUGGAAACAAAACUAUUUGUAAUCCGGCAAACCCCCGAGCUUUAUUGACUCCAAGGCCAAACUGUGACCUGCUGAGGUAACCUUUAACCUCCCACAAGAAUGUCUCUCAGUACUGCUGCGUUUUUUUCCUGAAUGUGACACCAAGAGACAUCAAGGAAGAUCCCCCGUUUGCACCAAAAGUCCUGCAUCAUUUAUCACCAGGAAGCCCUUCGCUCGGGUAAAAGAUUUCCUGUUCAUCUUUGUGGUUUGACCUUUCACCGCACCACAAAGAUCAGGUGUUAUUUUUUUCUUCUCAAAUCAGGACGAUGACGUGAGGCUGUGAUUCUCAACCGUUGGGUUGAAGGUCUUUGCCAAGCAAAUGUAUAUAUAAUGUGACAACCUCAAAUACACAUCACAUUCUUGUCUUGCUACGCCGCCAUGAGGGGCCACUCUCUUUCUGGGCGACUUUGUCACGCUUGAGCGGGAGGGGAAGGACGCAGAACGGGAACUUAUCUGUCCGUGGCUCAGGAAAUUGUGGGUUCUGUGAGGGAUGCGGCUGCAGAUAUUUGCCAUUAUCUCACCACUGCAGCUCAUAGAGUCCUAUUCUCCCAUGUGCUUGAAUGAACAAAAAAAAAUGCGCAUAUGUGCAGCAAUCUCCCCCUAGAUGUAAUCAUCGUCAUCCAAGAGACGCACUCUGGGUGGAGCAACCCUAAAAUGUACGCAAGGCCAUGCAUGUAACGAUUUUGGCUGGACUGUGAUCAUUGAAGUAUGCAAACAUUUCAUAGAAAUAGAGUCCAAGAUGUUAUAAAAAGGACGAACAGGUCAACAACAAAAAAUGUAGCAGCCUAACAGAACUAUCCAUCCAUCCAUUUUCUACCGCUUGUCCCUCACGGGGUUGUGGGGGGUACUGGGGUCUAUCCCAGCUGCACUGGGCAGAAGGCGGGGUACACCCUGGACAAGUCGCCACCUCAUCGCAGGGCCAACACAGAUAGACAGACAACAUUCACACUCACAUUCACACACUAGGGACCAUUUAGUGUUGCCAAUCAACUUAUCCCCAGGUGCAUGUCUUUGGAGGUGGGAGGAAACCGGAGGGAACCCACGCAGUCACGGGGAGAACAUGCAAACUCCACACAGAAAGACCCCGAGACCAGGAUUGAACCCAGGACCUUUGAAUUGUGAGGCACACGUACUAACCCCUGUUCCACCGUGCUACUCAAUUGUUGUACAGUCAAUGUCAAACUGUUAUCCGUCAUUCGAGCACGCAAACACACACACACAAGAUACACAAACAGGAUUUGUGACACGUCGCGGCUUCACAAACCAUCCACCCAUCCCUUUCCUACCGCUUGGGAUCGCGGGGUUGCUGGAGCCUAUCCCAGCUGCAUUAGGGCGGAAGGCAGGGUACACCCUGGACAAGUCGCCACCUCAUCACAGUACAGCUUCACAAACAUUUCUACUAAAUAGAAGGUUUAACAUAUUAUCAGGGUGGUUACACUAAAUAAGUGACACAAAGUUUCAGCUAAAGAUUAAUAGUUUCGCGCAGCCUGGACAAACUUGAAGUGUUAUCUUUUCCGUGGAUUUCAAUGAAAAUUAAAAGUGUCAGUAAAACUUCAUGUUUAAUAUUUUUCAAAUUACUUUAAGGUUAGUAAUGAGGUCCCCUUUAUUCAUGGUUUAAAGGCCUACUGAAAUGCGAUUUUCUUAUUUAAACAGGGAUAGCAGGUCCACUCUAUGUGUCAUACUUGAUCAUUUCGCGAAUGUAAACAAUGAAACACCGGCUGUCAAGGGGUGCAUUCUACGGCGGGGGUGCGUUAUCCGGCACAACACCUGCCGCAAUACACCGCUUCCCACCUACAGCUUUCUUCUUUGCUGUCUCCAUUGUUCAUUGAACAAAUUGCAAAAGAUUCACCAACACAGAUGUCCAGAAUAGUGUGGAAUUUUGCCAUGAAAACAGACGACUUAAUAGCUGGCCACCAUGCUGUCCCAAAAUGUCCUCUACAAUCCGUGACGUCACGCGCAGACGUCAUCAUACCGAGACGUUUUCAGCAGGAUAUUUCGCGCAAAAUUUAAAAUUGCACUUUAGUAAGCUAACCCGGCCGUAUUGGCAUGUGUGGCAAUGUUAAGAUUUCAUCAUUGAUAUAUAAACUAUCAGACUGCGUGGUCGGUAGUAGUGGGUUUCAGUAGGCCUUUAAGCACCUGUGCCUAACGUACAUGUGUCCGCAGGCUGGAUGUCAAAAUAUGAAAAUCGGAAACGUACAAAACUUCAUGCAUGUAGAAAAACACUUAAGCGCAAAGAAGAGAAUAGGGCUGUGGCCCGGUGCAAGUCACCCAAAGACUUCCAGGUACGACGGGAAAGAAGCCGGGGAAGUUUGUGGGCUUCUGGAAUCCUGGUCAUGACCUUAACCUUUUCUUAAAAGAAAAGUUUUACCUGAGUUGGAAACACAGCAAGGCUUUUCCAAAAUCCUAGGGUACUUGAAAAGUGUUAUUUUCUCUUGAAAACGGCAUUUAAAAACAUUUGAAAAGCUUUUAAAAACAGGACCAAUCUUUUCAUAAACUGUGGAACUUGAAACAUGUAUAUGGUUACGUUGUGUGUGUUUAUCCGUCUUUUGAGGACACAACAGUGUUGCCUAAUCCUCUUUGUUGUUGUGUGCUGCUGACAGAAGAAUGUUUAUAGUUUACUGACUUACUGCUUCCUGUACAUGUGACGUGUCAGAGCAGUGUGUGUAUGUGUGUGUGUGUUCAGUGAUGAACAUAUUGAGUGUGUGGUGAAGAAUAGGAAUAAAGGAAUAUUGUAAUGUCUGAACUUAACGCUAUGUAAAAGCUAACGUCAAGUGGAAGUCUAGUACCGUGUAAUGACAUUGUAUGAAGUACA